AUGACACUUAAACAUCCGGCAAUAUUAAUAAGAGAUCCUCUUCAAUACAAUUAUGAAGGAUUUUUCAAUAUUGUAUUUGAAGAUUUACGUAGAGAAAAUCCAUCGCUUUCAACAAUUGAUAUCAUAAUAAGUCAGUAUAUCCAUAAUUCAGAUGAUUUAAAUUUCUGUCUAUCAAAAAUAUAUAAUGGGUUACGAAGCAAAGUAUCUGAACUAGGAUGGGAUUAUUCGUUUGAAAUAGAUGUACUAUUUAAUCAAGAAAGCUAUCGUUAUUUAUGUGAACAAUUGAAUAAGGUUUUUUAUGUAUGCGAUGAAGAAUCAGGUAUUCCAAAAGAAUUAACCAGGAUAGAGACUAAAGGUAUUAAAACCAAGCUUGAAAAGAAAAAUCAUGCAGCUACGGGGGGUAAAUGUAGGAAAUACCAAGAAUAUCCCGUUACAGCAGUAGGUGGAACUUUUGAUCAUUUGCAUGAUGGUCAUAAGAUCUUAUUAUCGUUAGCUGUGUUUUUAACCAGUAAGACUGUUAUUAUUGGAAUAACGGGCCCUAAAUUAUUGUUGAACAAGAAAUACUCCGAAUCGUUAGAAAUUUAUGAAACAAGACAAUUACGAGUAGCUGGGUAUUUACAAAAGGUCUUGAAUCACGGUAUCAAGUUUGAAAUUUUUCAAAUCAAUGACGUUUGUGGCCCUACCGGUUAUAUUAAGGAUAUUAACUCGUUAGCCGUGAGUGAAGAAUCAUCAAAAGGUGGUGAUUUUGUGAAUAAAACUAGGAGAGGGAAGGGAUACUCUGAGCUAGAUGUAAUAGUAAUAAAUGUGAUUGGUGAUCAGAAUAGCAACGAACAAAACAAUUGGCUUGGAAAACUCAGUUCAACAGAUAUUCGAAAGCAAGAAUAUGAAAAACAUCACAAAUAA